CCAGACCACGCAAAUCCAUCCCCAUCACUCUCUCUCUCCCUCGCCGCCGGCGCCACCGCGCCGCCGACGACAGCAGUACGCCAUGCUCCGCCUCCACAAGUACGUCCUCACCCAACUGCUACCUUCUUCCUCCGCCUCCGCCUCCGCCAUCUCCCCUCUCAGCCGCCUCAUCUCCGCCGCCGCGCCCGCCGUUUCCCCCAACCCUAGCAGCUUCGCCGUGGAGGAGUACCUCGUCGCCACCUGCGGCCUCACCCGACCCCAGGCCGCCAAGGCCUCCGCCAAGCUCUCCCACCUCAAAUCCCCCGCCAAGCCCGACGCCGUCCUCGCCUUCCUCGCCGGCCUCGGCCUCUCCGGCGCCGAUGUCGCCGCCCUCGUCGCCAAGGACCCGCAGCUCCUCUGCGCCGGUGUGGAGAAAACCCUGGCCCCCAACGUCGCGGGGCUCACUGGCUUCGGUCUCUCGCCUUCUGAGAUCGCACGCCUCGUCUGGCUCUCCCGUAACAGCUUCCGCUCUAGAUCCAUCGUCUCCAAGCUGCAAUACUACUUGCCUCUCUUUGGGUCCUCUGAGCACCUCCUCCGGGCCUUCAAGAGGAACCCCUACCUUCUCUCGUCUGACCUUGAGGGUGUGGUCAAGCCCAAUGUCGCUUAUCUGCACGAGUGCGGGCUAGGUGCUUGUGAUAUUGCCAAGCUAUGCAUCAGUCGACCAGGUCUGCUCGUCAUCAAUCCAGAGCGCUUCCAGGACAUGGUGGCAUAUGCCGAAAACAUAGGUGUGCCCUGUGGUUCUGGGAUGUUCAGCCACGCGCUGCAUGCUGUUGCGUGUUUCAGCAAAGAGGAGAUCGCGGCCAGGGUGGACUACUUGAAGAAUACGUUCAUGUGGACGGAUGCUGAGGUGGGCAUUGCUGUUUCUAAGGCCCCAUUGAUACUGACGAGGUCCAAGGAAUCGCUGCAGCGCAGGUCUGAGUUCCUCAUCUCCAAGGUGGGGUUGGAACCGGCAUAUAUUGCUUGUCGUCCGGCAAUGCUCACGUAUAGCUUGGAGGGUCGGCUCAGACCCCGGUACUAUGUUGUCAAAUUUCUCAAGGAAAGUGGAUUGCUAGAUCAUGACCGGGGCUACUUUGGUGCAGUCACGAUCAGCGAGAAGGUAUUCGUCGAGAAGUUCAUAUGCCCUCAUAAGGAUGCUGCACCGCAUCUCGCUGAAGAUUAUGCAACAGCUUGCAGAGGGGAGGUUCCAGCUAGAUUCAGUUUUACAUGAACCAAGACUAAUAAGAAAAUUGUUUUGGAUGACCUUCUGGGUGGUACUUUUCUAGGGGCAUCUGAUCUCGAAACUGAAUAGUUGAGUACAUCACCACGUGAACAGAUAUUUCUAACGCCCCGUUGCUUUUGUUGGAGAAGCAAAUUGCCGCUUGCAUGGUAAUGGCAUGGUGCUGACAAACAGAGGGCAUUUCAUACAACAAGGGAAGUUAUGUUAUGGUAACCUGAAAAAGGGUUAUGGCAUUACCAUGUUAGUUUCUGCUAUAUCUUUUAGCUAAUUUUAUUCCAUAAAAGCACUAUCCAUAAUUCCAUAUAGAUUGUGAGGGCAUCUUUAUCCUGUAGCAUAUUUGUUUAGGAUAGUAAAGUGGGUCUUAUGUACCAUCACUUUUGCAAAUUUCUAUCUGGAAAGUUGGAAUGGGAAUAGGAUGCCAUGUAGUCUGGAAUCUUGCAGAAUUUCAGACAUAGGAAUUACUAGGUACCUCAGUCUACAAACCAACCUGUGUGAGGAUGGUGCACAUUUUGUUUGUUCCUGAUGUGAGGCUGUAGAAGUUGUAGGAAAUGAGAUCUCAGGUGUGUCCUUGCAUUUAAAGAUCAGCUCUGUGUCGCCCUUCUCUGGUGCUUGUUGAAAUUAUAGAAUCAACAUUAAUGAAAUGUAGGAGAAGUGAACAGGUUGGCUGAUGAAGUGACUUACCACCAGGUGACAAGAUAUGGGGUUCUUCCUCAAGCAAAAAGUGGCUGGGCAAUAGGAGCAUACUGAUUGAAUGUAUUUGAAUUUUUGCAAUUGAAGAUGUGCUGAAACUGCAUGUAGAUGGUGCUUUCUUCUUCUUCCAGGAAACGACGCGAAACAUGUCGGCAAUGGCUUUGAUGCACUAAUACAUGAUUCUGAAGGCUCUGUAAGUUGAUGAUGCCCUGAAGAUUUAGUGACAAGUAUGGCCUGAUGCUGGCGUAAGUUUUAUUCAGGGAAGCUCCUACUUGUCUCUUUUUUGAAUUUUGCAAGUUAAAGUAAACCUUCUAGUAUUAUACUAGAGAUUAUAACAUGGUGGCUGACGAGUUGCUGUCGCAUGCCUCUCGGAUUCAUCAGCUCAGCUGAGUGAGGCAAACUGAACAAAAUAGCAAGUCGAAUAAAGUAGCAGCAUCUUGUGCUUUAAUCAAUUCAUACUUGGAGCUCCGUGUGCUUAUAUUUGAAAAAAAUGAAUGAAUCGUGCAUGCAUGUAAACAGAAAGCGUGAUGUAAAUUUUCUACUCUGAAUUCUGAAUUUGAAUCAGAGUUGAUUGUUAACUCUAAAUCAUUCAGACUUCAUGGGUUACACCCAAGUAAGUGUGAAGCUAUAGUACUUUUUAAAAAUCUUAACUUGAAUCAGAGCAGAAAGUUAACACCAAUCUUAUAACAAAGUUUUUUGACUGUACUUUUUCCCUCCAACAUGGCAUGUUCUAUAUUUGGCUGCCAGAAACUAAUACGGCUAACAUUAAUAGACGCUUCACUUCAGACUCUUCAGAGCCACAACUCAGUAUUUUUCUAUUAUCACAGCGGCAUCUCUAUGACAUUUGUUCUAUGACUGUGGUUAACUAAUUAUGUUGACAAAUCAUGUUCUCGUCUUAAAAAAUAUCAAUGAUUAGAGGAUUCUGAGCAAAAAGCCAUUCUGUAGUUUUCAUAAAUGUCCAAUUCAGUCUAUUAAAAUGGGCAUAUUUUCAUACAGGUUCAGCAAAAGAGAAACAUCAUUUUUUAGUGCGAAUAAAAUUGUUUUACCCUAUAAUUUAAAGUGUGCAUUUUUAGUAUCUAAUGUACUGAAGGCAUGUGAUGAAUACCAAUUGCAAAUGCUAGCUGAUUUUAUCGUUCUUAUUUCUGAAAUUCUUUCUCCAAUAUUUUCUCUAAAUGUUGGUUGUGCAGAUCUGACACGGAAAAUGAGAGGAACAAUUUAGGGUGACAUAUUGGUGAGGAAGAAUGACUGAUUUCUUUUCUCUCUCGCUUCUGAGCACUAUAUGGUCCUACUUAUUGUUGCAUGGUUAACAAUGCAAAGCACCAGUGGAGUUACACGUAUAGUGCAAAUGCGAGACAAUAGAACGAAUCUGAAGUUUUUCAUCUCUGUUCCAUAGAGACAAUUGUUAUAAUUUUCAGGGUUAAAACAGGAGUUGUAUUUUAUCAUCAACUGCCAGCACCUUGCCUUCAUCAUGUAUUAAGUUUACUAGUGGCUUUUUUUUUAGUCCGUUGCAUGCUACUUUGGUCGCUGCUAGCUCUUGAUGACUUUACCUCUCUGCCUUCACCAUGUAUUAAGUUUACUAGACUUUAUUCCUUGGAAGGCAGAGAGGUAAGACAUGGCAGGGCACUGGAGUUGUUGUCCCAUUCUCUAAUCCAAAUCACCUGAACUAAAAGUUUUCAAUUUACUGAAUAUAGACGCUAAUUUCUUUCUUUCUUCCAGAGGGAGAGGAUGUGCUAAAAUUUGAGUUUACUUAAUUGGAGCCAGCUCUCCAUUGAAACACUCAUUUGUCUAGGGCCGGUGUUCUUAACUUGUGAAAUUCUAAUAAAUGCGAAUAUCAUGCGUGACAUUUGAACAUGGUUGAAAGCAGCAUUGAAAACUAAACGCGUGGUUACAAGCUCAGAUGUCACAAACAGUUGACCCUUUUUACACAUUUUUGCCAUUGAGAUUAACUGCAUUUCUAAACAUGAAAAAUGUUCUGUCUUCUCAUAAACCUACUGCAACUUGUUGCAGGCAUCAGUCAACAACAAGAAUGGAGAGGGUGAAGCAGCACUUGAAGAAAAUUAAUGAAGCAAAAGCUAAUGCAGCACGCUCGUCGAGAGGCUGCAUCCAUCCCUGCCGUUGGCUGGCUGCUGGACAAAACUGGGGCUACGCAUGAUUGGUUAGACGCACUUGAUCUUCUCGAACCUGGCCGGCGACGACAGAGGCAGCUCGAGCGGGCAGGUGACCUCCAGCCUGUGCGCGUCGCCGUGUGGCGGGUACUUGACCUCCCUGGCGAGCUUCAGCUGCAGCCGGAACACGCCUCCCGCCGCGCUCUCCUUCACGAACUCCGCCACCCCGGCGCUUCCCAGAGGGGCGGCGCUCUCGCCCGACGCCGCGACGUUGGACACCUCCGUCUUCCACUGCCGGAUGUUCCCGUGCGAGCCCCCCCGCAUCCUGACGCUGGCGAAGCGCUCGCCGGCGAAGAGCAGCUCUGCAUCGAGCGGCGCACCAACCCUGGCGUGCAUGGCCCAGUUCCGGUUGUGCACGGCGACGGCGAGGGAGAUGUCGUAGGCGAGCAUGGUGCCGUUGGGGCCGGUGAGGGCCAGGUGGGCGAGCGAGGCGUCCUCAACGGCGACGCGGACGGGGAGGACGAAGGCGUAGGCCGCGACGAGGAUGGCAACCAGGAGAAGGAGGAGGAGGAGGAGAAGGAGGCAGCGGUGGGGAGUGUGGCCCCGAGAGCCGUCGUCGCAGCAGCAGCAGACAAAACAGUCGCCGUCGCCGCAGUCAGCAGGGCAGUCGCCGUCGCUCAUGGUGCUGAUUGUUUCUUGUUUGUGCCUGAUCUGAUUCUGUCAUUCUGAUCGAUUGAGCAGCAGGGCAAAGCGAUGUAUGCAUAUAUAGAUUAUUAGAGAUUAGAGAUGAAAACGGAUCCAACUCCAACGAGUCGAUCGUAAGCAUGGUAAGAGCCGCAACACCUUCCAUUUUCGAUCAUGAUGGCGUUCCGGUGUUCGUCUCCAAGUCGGAUUAGAGAUAGCAGGACAUUCUGCAAAUACUUUCAAGUAUCUUUAUGUUCUCAAAUGACCAUAGCAUUUUCAUGUGCACCUCAAUCUAUCUUUUCAUGAAAGAAGGUUCUCAUUUUUGCCAAA